CUCUUCUUGUCUUGCUUGCUUGCUUGCUUGCUUGUUGAUUUUCGUGGCUGCUGCGGAUGAAUGUGACAACUGGCUGCUGUUGAUACAUCAUCAUCGAGUGUUGUGUCCUGCCAUCCACCCUCCACACACCAACAGCUGCACAAUAUCAUCCUCUCGUUGACUCUGGCCCACACUACCUGACAUACACAACAACGACACGCUCGACGUCAUGGCAGAUCGCCAAACGCCCGUCAUCUCCGCACCGCACACGGAAGUGCUGGUGACAUUCACGGCAGCAGCAGGAGCGCCGCAGCUGAAGGAGUCCAAGCGCAAGAUCAAAGUCAAGUCACACAAGGCCUUCCAGGCUGUUGUACAACACUUGCAAAAGCUCCUUGACAAGAAGACCUUGUUUGUGUACAUCAACCAAAUAUCACCGUCGCUCGACGCCACCAUCGGCCAGCUCGCAGCGUUCUAUGGGCACGUGACGGCGAAAGGGACGUACCGCCUUCCUCUGCAGUACUCUGUAACGCCUGCGUGGGGUUGACCCUCUUUCCUCUCUCAUGCAUCCGCUCUAUCUGCUCACCUCCAUUGCAACACCAACAACUCCCUUCUCCUCUCUUCCUCUCUGUUCUCUCCUUUCUCCCUCCACCACUGGCAUUAGUCCCCUAUAGCUGCACAUUGCGAGUUGUUUGCGUGCUUUGCCUCUUGUGUCGCCUCUUCCUCUUCCCGUCUCGUUCUCAGCGCUCCUCUGCUUCAUCGCUCGUGCUGCUGUUUGCUGCCGCUUCCGUCGUUCUCUCUCCCCUUUGUUACCCUCCCCCCCCCCUUCCAUCGAAACGAUGCCAUGCU